AUGUCCAAGGCGACUAUGCUCCCAUACUUCUUCCACGUGCUCGGGUCGAAACGGAGAGUCCACUCCUUCAUCGUUCGGGGACUGGCCCUUGCCAACGCCUCCAUCAGCGCGCUCAAGUCCCGGACGGCUGGCUCAGACACCGAUGGCACCGCAACGACAGCAGCACCCGCCGCGACGACGAUGUGGGUUGAAGACGCCGUCGCCGACGGCCGCCCCGUCACAAGUGGUGGGAAAGGCAUGUCCUCCACUCCUGCGCCGCCAGCAUCGGCGUCAAUUUCCGAGCUUCUGACGCUUAUAAUAACUACGUCGCCGACCCCGUCCGCACCCGCAACAGAACUCUUGGAUGCGGUCUUUAAAUCCAUCCGCCUUCACUGCGGGGACCUCCUGUCGUGUCGCAUCAUCGUUGUCCUGGACACGUAUGAGCGUAUUGGAGACGUUCCAAGGUUGAAAAAGGGCCAGGUCACGGAAAAGGGCGCAGAGGAGUAUGCGGAGUACAAGGAAAAUGUCAAGAAGCUCGUGCUGGGAGAAUAUAGCCAGCACGAGCGCCCGGACGAGUUGAAUCAAGAGCAAGGCGAAGCCGAGUAUGGCUAUAACGGGCGAGCGACGACCGUUACGACAAACUCAGCGAUUUUUACAGUGAGCCGGACAAAGGACAUCCGCGUCUCCUUUGUCGAGCCGUCAGAGAGGCUGGGCUUUGGUCUGGCAGUGCGAACAGCUCUCAGAAUGACGACGACGCCCUAUGUCUGGGUGCAUCAGCAUGACUGGACGCUGGUCUACGACAUUCCCGUGGCACCAAUACUAGACGUCAUGAAGACCCAAGACGCAGAUGAAGAAAGCCCGGUGAAAUAUGUCUGUCUGGCAUCAGUGCGAAUGCUGAAGUAUGCCGAGACUGCUCAUGCGCAAGAGUUCCCGCAACUAAGGAUGUUGACGACAAAACUCAAGCGGGGAUUCACGCCCCCAUCGCAUCCAAAGACACAGGUGCCAUUGACGCCUAUGUUCUUCUGGCAUGACAAGCCUCACAUCGCAGCGACCGACCAUUACCUUACGCGUGUCUUUCCCACCAGGCUGGCGAUACCCAGAGGUGCAUUUAUCGAGGACACAAUCGGGCACCGGGCAAGGACUCAGAUGAAAGAACAGGGCAUGUGGGCAAGGGCGUUCGUUGCCUUCAACUACCUCGAAGCCAGAUGA